AUGAGCAAUGCUCGAUUUAAAAACGCAUUGGCAUCUAUGAAUGCUGCCACGGUUGAACUGAAGGAUACGUUCGGUAAAAAUAUUACGCCGAAAAGAAGCCGUGAUGACGAAGCUGCACCAUUUGAUCAACCGGCCAAAAUUCUUCGCGGAGCCGGACCGUCAAACGCCAACGUAUCAUCAGCUUCUGUAGCACGAUCAACUGACAAGUUCUGGAUCUAUCUUUCGAAAAUUUCACCUGAUGUAUCGGAAGCCGAUGUCGAGAAACUUGCCAAGGAUUGCUUGAAUGUGGACGAAGCUACUGUGAAAUCUCUGAUACCGAGAGGCAAACAAGUGUCGACGAUGUCAUUCAUCUCUUUCAAGCAUUUAGAAGCUACCUCCGUUCGUGAAGUCUCUCCUACUGUCGUAUCUAUUCUUCCUCAUUCCGCUACCACUAGUUUUCCGCUCACCGUCUACUACCAAAACGUCCGUGGAUUGAGGACAAAAACAAGCACUCUACUCAAUUCACUGCUGUCCUGUGAUUUUGAUGUCAUCGUAUUCACAGAAACAUGGCUCUAUUCCGACAUCUCGAACUCCGAACUGUCAAGCAACUACACCAUCUACCGAUGCGAUAGAAACACUCGCACCAGUGUAUUUCAGCGUGGAGGAGGUGUCCUAAUCGCAGUGAGAGCCCAGCUGAAUUCGAAAGCCGUAUUUCUUGAAGGCAGCGAUGAUCUUGAGCAAGUUAUUGUGAAAGUUAUGCUACCACAUGAGUCCAUCUGUCUGUGUUGCAUCUAUAUUAGACCGCGCAGUCCCGCCGAUAUUUACGCUAAGCACGGUGAAUCCCUUGUGCGUCUCCUCGAGUUAGCUGACCCUCGUGAUACCAUGAUAGUCAUGGGCGAUUACAACCUUCCUAAUUUGGCCUGGGAAUUCGAUGAUGAAGUACAUGGGUUUCUGCCUCUCAACGCCUCGUCGGAACAAGAACUUGCAGUAGUUGAGUCUUUACUACCCACAGGAUUGCAGCAAAUCAAUGAUUUGGUUAAUGCGAACGGUAGGCUUCUCGAUUUAGUUUUCGUCAGUGAUUCUGAUCGAAUUGAACUGUUUGAAUCACCUGCUGCCAUUUUGAAAGUCGAUCCUUACCACAAGCCAUUUGUUUUGACGCUCGAAUGCUCCUCUGAAGACUUGCAACUCCCGCAGUCGAAUUCAGCUGCACGGAAUGAAUAUAACUUCGCACGAUGUGACUUUGAUGUAAUCAACGCUAGAUUAGCUGCAUUGGACUGGACGUGUUUAUCAAACCUCGAAACGGUGGAUGAUGCUGUGACUGUUUUUUAUGACAAUGUUUACCAAGUAAUUCGUGACAAUGUCCCGCUGAAAACCCGAAGAAAGUCUACAAAAUGCCAACAACCAUGGUGGAACCCGCAGCUGCGCAGACUACGGAACCGUCUACGCAAGGCCCGUAAACGUUAUUUUCGUUCCUGGACAACUGAGAAUAAGUAUGCUGUUCAACUUGCGGAAGCUGAGUACAACAGCGUGCAUGAAGUUCGUUUCCGUGAGUAUAUUGAACAAAUGCAACGGAACCUCAAAAAGAACCCUUCAUCGUUCUGGUCUUUUGUGAAUACUCGCAAAAGGUCAGCUGGUAUUCCGAAUAACGUCUUCUAUGGUAAUCAUAAUUCUUCCGCCGACAACACUUCUGCAAAUCUGUUUGCUGAGUUCUUUCACAGUGUGUUUGAGUCAGACUACCAUUCACCGCCACAACAAUAUUUGGAUGAGUUACAAAGCUUCAACAUCCAUCUACCGCAGCUAAACCUCAGUAUUGAAACGGUUUUUGACGCUCUCAAUGCAGUUGACGUUUCGAAGGGACCUGGUCCAGAUCAGAUUCCACCGUCGUUCAUAAAAACUGUGCAGCCUCGCUGGCUGUCCCAGCCCUGA